AUGGCAACUGGGAACAGUGUAAUUGAGAAUAAGUUAGUACAGCUUAAGCUUAUAGUUGGGCGAACCAGAAAGAUUCUGGAAUCCGGAAAUCAAGAAGCAGUUGAGCGACAACAACGAGCUUUGCGAACCAUUGUUGCUGACAUAGACAAAUGUAAAGUGGAAGAAGAAGCAAGAAUGAUUGACGAGAAAAAGGAGUUGACAGAAAUUAGUGAAUGGAAUUCAAACAUCGAGGAAAAGUUAUCUGAAGCAGACAAGGACAUUCAUGACCUGAGAGAAUGGUGUGAAAGUAAGAAACGAGAAUGCGAGGAAAACCAGCGGAAGCAAGAAUUAGAUUUUGAACAUGAACUAUUUCAGACACGCCUAAAAUUCCAGAAUGAGCUACAGGCAGCUAAACUAAAGCAAGAAUCAGCAAGUGUUGAAAAGAAAGAGUCACAAGCAAAGUUACCUAAACUCAUCAUUACUAAAUUUAAUGGCGCCUACCAAGACUGGCCUCGAUUCUGGGAACAAUUCCGAGAGACGGUGGACAAAACAAGUAUUGAUGCUGUCAUUAAAUUCACAUAUUUACAAGAGUUGUUGGAACCUAAAAUCAGGAAAUCUGUGGAAUCACUACCCUUUACAAGUGAAGGUUAUAAUAGAGCAAAGAGUAUCCUUGAAGACAGAUAUGGGAAACAAUCAGAAAUAAUAAAGGCUUAUACCAAGCAGAUUUUCGAUUUGCCCAAAAUUCCGGAUGGUAAUGUGAAGCGAAUUCAUGAGUUCUCGGAUAAAUUAUCAUAUGCGGUGCAGUCUUUGGAAACACUUGGCAAACUUUCUCAAGUCAAUGGGUAUGUAUCGAUGACACUAGACAAACUACCUGGAAUACGUGGCGACCUUGUUCGAACAGAUGAUGCUUGGGAAUCCUGGGACUUUGUAAAACUGUCUGAUGCGGUGAGACUCUGGACUCGGCGAAACCCAGUUGAGAAGCUUCCUUCAGGAAAACUGCUUAAUGUCCGACGUCAAGAUUUUACUCCCAAGGGGUGUGUCUAUUGUACUGAGAAAUCACACAAAUCAGCAGAGUGCCCAAAAGUAUGAUCUGUGUCUGAAAGACGGUUGAUUCUUACCAAACAACAUCUGUGUUAUAACUGCACUGGUUCAUCACACCGUGCGAAUGAUUGCCCAAGUCAGUCUAAAUGUCAAAAAUGUGGGCGGCGUCACCACACCUCAAUUUGUGAUAAUGAUUCCAAGAGUGGAGUGAAGGGGAAGAAAUUGCUAAUUUCAUGUGAGGUGAAUCCGGAAGGAAUCUUUCCUGUUGUUAGAAUGAAAGUGGAUGGCAUUGAAUGCAGAGCUCUGAUCGACUCCGGAGCAGGGAGCUCCUAUGCUUCUGCAAAACUAAUUAAUCUGCUGAAAAAGAAACCAGUUGAAGUAGCAAGAAAACGAGUUGAUAUGCUGAUGGACUCUCAGGAAGCAUUGUUGGAGACUUAUGAAGCAGUUGUUGAAGCAGUUACUGGGGACUUUCGCAUGUCCGUGAAUUUGACAAAGGUAAAAAAGCAAGAGCUACUAUUCGUUGAUAACCCAUGUUAUGAAGAAGUAAUCAAGAAGUAUCCACAUUUGGAAGGAGUUGAAAUAGUAGAAGAUGAUGUUAAAGCACAGCUUCCAAUCCAUGUUGUCUUAAGUAGCGGUGAUUUUUCUCGAAUUAAGACUGAUGCAAAACUCCGUGUUGGUAGAGACGGUGAGCCUAUAGCGGAGUUAACAAAGCUCGGUUGGUUUAUAAUGUCGCCUGGUAGCGAGUUUGACAAAGCCAAGAUGUUCCUGACACAAACCACUCAUUCCGAUUAUGAGCAACUGUGCAAACUUGAUGUGCUAGGAUUGGAAGAUAAACCAGAAAACGACCAGGGGCAA